UUAGCCAGUUGAUCCCCUUAAAUCUUUCGGAGGAGUCAUUUUCUGUGUUUUUUAAAAUCUAUUUAUUUAUUUUUUUAAAAUGUUUUGAGAUUUGAGAUUCCCAUCGCGAGGCUGCGUUCAUCUGAAUCUUUUUUGGCACCUGGAGAACGGAAUUUGUGCCACAUUGGAGCUUUCUGGUGCGCGCCGGAGGACGAUCCACGGGGCAAUACAGAGAGGAGACAGAGGCUUUGCUGAACACAUGUCCACGCAUGGCCUGAAUACAAAUAAAGCAAAAGCAGCUGGUGUCUGAGCUGCACCAGUCUCUAAUUUACCCAAUAAGCGUGUGAUUGGUGUGGAGAGUCACCUCGCAGGAGCAUCAGCAGUGCGCACUCUCCAUUUGACGUGGAUCUGCUUUCUGCCGGUGUUUCGCGUAAAGCAGUAAUACCACGCCGACUGAACCCAGUUUGAGGAGCUAAAAGUUUUUUCUUGCAUUCUUGCUUGUAUCGACCUCCUCCGGCUCGGUACCAAUGAUGACUGAGAACAGUGAGAUGGAGAGCGACUCACAGCUCCAGCGCUCCCCAAACAACAUGUCCAUCCAGCCGAUGACAUCCAAGCUCCAGAGAUUGAAACGCUCACUGUCCUUCAAGACCAUGAUGCGCAGCAAGAGCGUGGAGAACUUCUUUCAGAGGUCCUACAGCGACGCUCGCCUACCUGCCGACUUUAUCACUGACCCACCACCGCCUUCUCCUCCACUGCCACCCGGCUCCCCUCUCAUUGGCGAACGCUCACCCUCCAUUUCACCGUCUCUUAGCCCCAACCCCUCCAUCUGUUCCCACUCACCGUCUCUCAGCCUUUCUCCAUCACUGCCUGCAAAGCCUCCCCGAGCUCAGAUUAACCACUGUUUUCAGGACCACAUUUUUCGGAAGCCCACCAACUGCCAGCACUGCAAGCACAUGAUAGUGGGAAACUCCAAACAAGCUCUGCGGUGUAAAACAUGUAAGAUGGCUGCUCACCUGUGGUGCACAUCUGAACUCUCGCAGCAGCAAUGCCAUGGAAAGUCUGGAGCAUUCAAGCGAAACUUCAGCUCGCCGAUGCUCGUCAAUGACCAAUUGGCUGUCGUCAAGGAAGUUCAGCCAAGCCAGGAGGCUGCGCGGAUGCGUGUAGACCCUGUGUAUGCCGCCUUACGCUACGGGACGUCCUUGGCACAGAUGAGCCGUUCCAGUUUUGGCAGUUUAUCAGAAUCACCAACACGCAGCUUGGGGGAGGGAGGUGAGGAGAGGCAGGAGAGACAGUGCAGCAUGGAGGAGGAGAUAACUCAGGAGACAGGGGAAAUCCUCGCGCCACUUCCAGAUGCCGCUGUUCCAGAGAAAGAGAUGGAGAAGGAGGUGGAGAAGGAGGUGGAGCAGAGCUGUGAGCAAGCAGAGAUUCCUGCAGAGGACAGCAGUUCAAAGGUGCCCAAGCGCAUUGAAGUCCACUCCAUCCACACCUAUGUAGCACUCUACAGGUUCCUGCCUCAGGAGCUGAAUGACCUGGAACUACAUCCUGGUGAUCGGGUGCAGGUCACAGACGACUCUAAUGAGGAGUGGUGGAAGGGUAAAAGUGGUGACAGAAUCGGCUUUUUCCCUGCCAACUUUGUGCAAAGGGUCCGACCAGGGGAGAGGGUCUGGCGGGUCAUUCAGGGCGUUCCCGGAAACAGAGAAAAGGGACACAUGGCAGUGAGAGAGUCGCAGAUUUGUGUUGGGAAGAGAGAAGAUGGGGAAAUUUUUCUGAAGCUGAGCAGUGGAAAGAAGAGAGGCCUGGUCCCUGCCGACUCCAUAGAGGAGAUUUGAACGUUAUUUCACUUUUACACUCUGACUCAAACUGUCAGCACCACACUCUGCCCCGCUCUCUGGAGAAAUGACCAUACAAUCCUCUGCAACCGCACAGAAAAAUAUACAUUCCUGCCAAGAUCCGACGGCACCGUCUCUGACUAACAUUUGUUUUCUCAGAGCAUUUAUUGACUGCUGUCCUGCUCUCAAGGACGGUGAUUGACUCAACAUCUUAGACAAAGGGUAGCAGAGGUAAAUGUGGCUUUAAAUAUUUGGAUCGCAUUCAGUUUUGCCCGUCAAAAACACUUUUCCAACUGUGGGAGGACGUUGAAUCCUGUUAUGGGAACAUCAUGCUUGUGUCAGUGUCCUUUUUCUUGCUUCUACCCACUCGGUGUGUCUCAUCACUGUCUGCUCAUUUCAGGGCUUUUUUUCCCUUGGGGCUGUUAUCACGUAUUGCUACUGCAACUACAGACUCUUUGCAAGGAACAACCACUGCCAUCCACUGAAAGCUUCACUGCCACUAGAGAAACUUCCGGAUGAGAUGGAAGGAGGUCAUGCAAAUUUAAAGCCUGCAUCAGACAGUGCUUUAAGUGAUAAAUGUAAAAAUGCAGAAAAUGAAUAAAUUUUUUAAGAAAAAUUGAAGGCUCCAACGACCUUGUCACAGAUGUUUAAAUCUGUAUAUUCCAGUGCAUAGAAAUAUUUAAAGUCAAAGGAAGUUAAGAGAAUUGGACCGUGUGAACAGGGGUGUCCAAACUGUGGCUCGGGGGCCAUUUGUGACCCUUGGACUGUUUUUUUUUGUGGUCCCCAACUGCAGUUCAAAAAUGAUACAAAUUCAUUUAUUAAACUUCCUCUUAUAAAUCAGGGUAUGGUUUUCUUGAAAUGGAAAGUGCUGAGUAAAAUACAAAAUAUUUUCCAACCAUAAUUUUAGAAGUAGAACCAGGUCUAUCCAGAGGCUUUUACUGAGAACUUUACCAAACUUUACCUUUAUCUUUACCAAACUCAGCUUUUAUUUAAUGUGUUAAUAUUGGCUAAAUAUAGCAACUGCUCUGAAAGAGUGUGACCCAAAUCAUUAUUUUAUAACAAAGAAUACAUUUGUUUAACUGAGCCUAAAAGAAUUUGUGCAAAAUCCUAGUUAUCCCAGUCUUGGAUCUACAAUGAAUUUUUGUUGUUCCUCCAUCCAUCCAUCCAUUUUCUGAACACCCUUCGUCCCUAAUGGGGUCGGGAGGGUUGCUGGUGCCCAUCUCCAGCUGCGUCUUGGGCGAGAGGUGGGGUACACCCUUGACAGGUCGCCAGUCUGUCGCAGUUUUGUUGUUCCUUUAAUUUUAUAUUCUUUGCCUGCAAGUACUUCUGACUUGAUAAAUUUGGUCCAAGUUACAGAAAUUUUGGACAUCCCUGAUGUAGAAGAAACAGUGAGUAUUUUGAAGCUUUAUCUGAGUGUAGAGAAAGGAUAAAAAGGUGUCAACAAGUGUGGAAGUUCACAAGCACUGCCCACCGAUUUCCUUUUUUUUGUUUUCUAACAAGUUUACCGCUGCUGAAAACAGCAGGAAAUAAAACGGAUCUGCAGCCAGCCGUUCCUGAAAAUAAAAACAGCAACAUUUUAAGCAUCUCUCUGGCUGUGACGACAAGCCUAAGUUUCUCUUACGGUUCAGAGGAGGAGGCAGCACAGCAAGAGAGAUGACACGAGCGUUGAACCGCUAUGAGUCAGCGUGCUUUGAGGUAACACUGCCCCCAUGGGUGCAUGGGAGUCAUUCAUUGAUCAAAUGUCAACCCGCUUUCCUUCCCGCCCAGUUUGGCCCUUCUUGUCUUCUUGUUAUUGAUGUGACUGGUCAGCUGUGAUAUAGAGUGAGCACAUUUUUUUUUGCUUGAAUCCCAGAACACUUUGGAUACUUUAGACAUCCAUUGUUAAUUUAUUCAUUUUGGAGCUAAUCUAAUGCGUUUCUUCAGUCAGGACCCCCCUUCCACCAGCCAGGGGAAACAUACAGUUUGCAUGUGAAAGACAAAGAAAAUGACUUGAAGUAGAAAAUGCAUUAGAAGUCACAUAAAAUAUUUAUCAUUUAGAUAAAAUAACCUCUUUUUCAUCUGUAUUUCACAAAUCAAAACUUUGAAAAGGUCUAAUCAAUAAGCAUCUUCUUCUGUAUAAAGUAAAAGUAGCAUUUUUUUGGGAUUAUCACCAUUAUCUAUGUCGUCAAACAAAUAUUGUAACUUCACCAUGAAUUUUCCAGGUUAUUUGUGUCUUUUUGUCAAAAAGCAGCAUUAUCUUACACAAUAUCUGCAGCAUCCUCUUCAGGGAUUAUUAAAGAAGUGUAAAAAGCCUAAAAAUGAUGAUUACUUUUAAUGCAGUAAGAUUUGAAAGUGGAAAAAUUGGUCAUCUACCUUUAGAACAUUAACUCAGUAGGGUCCAAUUCAUUGUUAAGAAUGACCACAAAUGCUACAAUACUGAGAUCCCUGGCUAUUCCAAUUAAUGUAAAAAAAGUAUGUUAAUGCAAUUUAACCCUUUAAAAGAAAAAAGGUUGUCUCACUGUUUUUUAUCCGUGUCUUUGAGCACCAUUCAAACAAAGUGUUGAUCUCCAGGAUAUUGCUUCCUGAAAGCACCAGCUGGCCUAUACUUACUCAUAUCUGUGGUCAGAACAGUAAUUAAAAAAGGCACAAGCACAUGGGUCUGUGAAAGACAAGGUUGUUCCAGGACCCAAAAACCAAGAUGGUAAAAUACCGGAAAGGGGUAAAAUCUUGGUGGCCUGGAGUCUCCAAAUUAAUUAGAAGCUCUCUACAUGCCAGCCGUCUGUUUGUAAAGUUUCUUCACAUUACUAGGACUUUAACCCCUUAACUGACAUCCUGAGUCAAGAACCCAGCUAACAUGUAAUGCAGUGGGUUUAUGAGGACACUAAUGUCAUUACCACAAUUAGAAGGUUAUCUAGACCUGUGCCUUGGUCCAAUGAUGCUGAAGAUAAGCCAUUCGCAGGUUGGAUUUAAAAAAAUAAAUAAAAGUACCUAAUGUCCAAUGUGAAGUGCAGUGGAGGAUCUGUGAUGUUAUGGACAUGUUUCUGUUCCAUACACUGCAUAAACUAUUUAAAAGACCAAUAUGUUUUGAAUAAAAAAAUCACUUAUGGAUCUUAUGUUACCACAUACAAAAAGUCUUUCUGCAGGAAAACAUCUGUGCAAAUCAACAAACAACAACAAAAAACAUUUCAGUCCUGAACUAGCUUUAAUGCUUUCUAGACAUCUUUCCCAAGGGUAACAGUAAGCCUGCAGAGGGCUGUGUAAAAGUGUAAGCUAAUCCCGAUAUGUACCAGCACCUUCUUGUUGCUUUACUCUGCGUAGGUUUGUGUCGCAUCGCAUUUCUGAGGUUUAUAAAUGUAAAAUAAGCAUCUGGUGUCUAGUGUCACAAAGUCAAUGUUCCUCAAC